AUGGACGGGACGGCGCCGCGGCGACAGCCCCCCUCGCCCCAGUGGGCCGACGCCCGCCCCGCGCCCUGCUCGCUCACCGCCCGCAGCCGGCGCGAUUCUCUGCGUGUAGCCCCCCGCCUCAGCGGGCGACCCCACGACACGGCCCUGGCCGCACAACGGGAGCCCUCGGGGACUGUGCGUGUGCGUGGCUUUGGACCCGGACCGUCACCCGCCGCCGCUCGCUUCUUCCGCCUGCGCGCGAAGGCGCCACAGCGCGUCCCAGGGCGCGGCCGGCGGCGGGCGGCUCUCUGUGCAGACGCGUCCGGCACGAACAGCGGGGCCUCGUUCACGCCUCUGCGGCCGCGCCCCUUCACCGUCAGCGGGGGCAAAGCCGCCCCGAGGAGAGAGCCUGCGUGUUUCCCGGCCCCGGCCGUCCGCGGACACGCGGGGGAACGCGGCUUCGGCAGCCCGUCCGAGGUCGAUACUCAACGGAAGUGUACUGAAGACACAUGCGGCAGUGUCCACAGAUCCGUUAUUAGAACCCAAAGUGGAAACAAUCCCAGCGCCCAUCAACCUGAAACUAGAGCGGAUAACAGGACCAGUCAGGGUGAGCGGCUCAGGCUCGUCACCAUUUCAGGGCCACCUGCGGGCGAGCUCCGUGCCAAGCCAACGCCUGUGUGA